UCGAAUUAUCUCUUUCUAUGUUGAAGAAUAUAAACAAUAUACGACGUGCAAAAACAAAUGAUACAUUUAUUAACUUGGACUUAUCAAAUAGGUUAUGUCACUAGUUCUUAAUGAUAAUUUUAAUAUAAUUUAGAUCUUUAACAAGAUUAAUAUCAAACGUCGAAAAAUAGAAGAAUAACAAAAUUAAAUAUUACUUGAAUAUAUUUAUAUUUAUAUAAAAGAAAUGGAUGAGUUAUUAGUUUCCGAAGAUGAAUUGUUACAGAAACAUAAACGAGAACGUAAAGAAUUACAAGCACAAAUACAAGUACUGAAGAAAUCAAUCUGUAAGGGUGAUAAAAAAAAGAAAAAAGAAGUUGCUGAUGAAAUAGCACGCAAGGAAGAAGAUUUAGAAAAGAAACAAGACGAGGAAUUAGCCAGAUGGAAAAUAUUCCAAGUAACGUUGAAUGAUACCGACGCAGAGAAUUUAAAAGAAACGUCUGAUAAAAAUAACGACGUAAAAUCUAAAGAAUCAGAAAAAGUACAACAGAGAGUUUCUAAAGCUCAACGAAGAAGAUGUAAAAAAGAGAACGCAGAGAGAGAACGUAAUCAAAGAAUUAUAGAACAGGAAGCAUUUAACAUCUAUGGAAAGAGAAAUGUUGAGAUACAAUCAAUUAAAAAAAUUCUUUAUGAACGUGAUUUAAUGUUAUAUGAAAUUCCAAGUGAUGGUCAUUGUUUAUAUAAUGCGGUUGCACAUCAACUUAAAAUGAUUGGAGAAAUUCCAUUGAGUCUAAACGAUUUAAGAAUGAAAACUGCCAUAUAUUUAAGACAAAAUAGAGAUGAUUUCCUUCCAUUUAUUUCUAAUCCAGAUUCUGACCAGUUAUUGUCUCCUGAGCAGUAUGAAAAAUAUUGUAACGACAUUGCUGAAACUUGCGCUUGGGGUGGUGCAAUUGAGUUGCAAGUAUUGUCGCGUAUUUUGGAACGUCAAAUUGAGGUCAUCCAAGCGACAGGUACUCCCUACAUUGUCGGAGAUGAAUUCAGUAAGAGAAAAAGAAUAAUAUUAACUUAUCAUCGUUACAUGUAUGAAUUAGGUGCUCAUUAUAAUUCAGUUACUAAAUUUCUCAAAGCAGAUGAAAGCUGAUCGUACAUUUUAUUAUACUAAAAGAACGUUCAUUUUAAAAUGCAGCCGUGGACUUAUUCUAUAACGUAAAAAAUAAUUCUGAUUUAAUUUUAUGUACAUCAGAUUUAUUAAAUACGUUUAAAUCAAUAAGUACAUACACUGAAAUAAUAGCAUCUGGUAUCAAAUUUUUUCAAAUCGUGUGAAUACUAUCGUUAGACUGGUAUUUUAUAGAUUUAAUGUAGCAAUCAAAAUAAUUCUGGUUGUCAAUUUUUUAUU